AUGGCGAAUCCCUUCCUUAUGAUGGGAGAUGAUAUGGAUGAUGGGGCUGAUGCUGCUGUCAAUCCAUUCUUGAUGCAAGCCGGUCCCGAAGAACCAGCUGGUGAAGAUUUUGACAAUCCUUUCGCUGGGCAAACCAAUCCGUUUGCAUUUGGUGAUGAUGCUGAGGAGGAGCUACCACCAACAACAGUUGCAACAACAAUGGCUGACAUCUUCCAAGCUCAGCCGACAGCUGCCAAGACUACAAAUGCAAGCGCCUUUCAAUCGAUUGACCCAGCUAUGAGCUUUUUUGGAACCACUAUCGAAGCUGAUGAUGAUGCCAUGGAUCCUAGCUCAGAGGAGAGUGGAAAGAAAGGUCCUCCACCCCGACCAUCACCACCUUCCCAGCAGACUCAAGAUCUUAUCUACUCGGUGUCAGAUCAGCUUGACCAGGCGAGUUCUCAACUGCUUGGUCGACUUCCUGCAACUAGGUCCCCAAGUCCAGUAUCAAUGCGGGAUCUUCAUUCUCCAAGCCCAACACCAGACUCAGGCUUGGCGGAUCUUCUUGAUGUUUCCGACAGUGGAUCUUCAGCAACUCAAGGCUUCGAUAUGGACUUGAUGGGAAGUAGCAAUGAAAAUCCAUUCGCAGCUCCAACCUCCAUACCAACCGUUCAAGCAGCAACACCAAUGCCGCAACAGACUAAAGCCUUACCGCCACGACCACCACCGCCCAGACCGGCACCACCAAGGCCAACGCCACCAUCUAUCCCAGGAGCUCCCCCAAGACCUGUUCCACCUCAGCCCAAUCAGCAACAACAGGCUAAAGAACCUGAUGAUCUGUUUGACAUGUUCGGAACAACUGCACCAGCUAAACCGCCACCACCAAAAAGUAAGGAGGACAUUUUGAGUUUAUUCUCGAAACCGUCACCUCCACAACCAGCGCAACAAGACUUACUUAGCGGAGAUAUCGUACUAGAUCCAAUGCCAGAGGGAGAACAGCAAAAAACCGAAGAAGCCGCUGUAACAACACCACCAGGUGGCGCUGCCGAAGCUGAGCCAAGUCCAUUAAUUGAGACUGAGGAACCGGUUGAAGAAGGUAAAGAAGAUCCAAUAUUCUCUUCAACUCUAACACAUCCAGAUGAGAGUAGUCAAGACAUAACCAGCCAUCCUCAGGCAGCUGUUGAGGAAGAAAAAUUGGCCAUUGCCCCAGAGAUUCCUAAAAUGAGAGCACCAACUCCGGAUAUAGAAAUAACCACCGUUGAAGAUUUGCCCCGAUCUGACGAUGAAGAAGAACCCGAACCUGUACCUGUACCGCCUCCAGAAAUCAUUGAGACACAUGCUGACCCAGAACCGUUAGAAUCGGAACCGGAAGAGGUAGCUGAGGUGGAAAAGACCGAAGCUGAUCAUAGUCCACCAACUGAAUCGAUUGUUACAACUCAAGCUGUUCCUGAAUCUCCAAUCGAUGCCAAUUCAAGCUAUCAGGCUAGUGAACCGGAGCAAAUGGAUACGGGGCUUGAUUUUGCUCCACCAUCGGGAACAGCUUCGGCUAAUCCAUUUGCUAGUCCUGAUGCUGAUGAAGAAACCUAUCCACAACCAACAGUUGUGACGAAUAUAUUCGCUGUGGAAGAACCAGCGGUGACUAAUAUAUUUGCUGUUGAUCCGGAACCAGCUGUUAAUAUCUUUGCUGCUGAUCCAGAUCCAGUUCCGGUCGUUGCAACAAAUAUAUUUGCUGCUUCAGAUGAGUUUGAUGCUUUCUCAGCCAAGUUCGACUCGGUUAAGAAGGACAAUGUUAGUCUUUUGGAUGGUUUUGGAGGUGGAAUCACUCCAACCAGUACUGGAGGUGGUGAUGCUUGGGGUGAUACCGAUGACUUUGGUGCUGUUACACCUGCAGCUCCUGACGAUGGUUUCGGUGUGGAAGACGGCUUUGAUCCCUUCCUGGCCAUGCAAGCUCCCGAACGCAGUGAUUCUGUUGAAUCUGUUGACAAGGAAUUCAGCGUUGUUAUUCGACCUAAAGCUGAAAACGCUCAGGGUGUAACACCGGCUCUAGCUCCACCACCACCACCACGUGGUUCACAAAAUAACUCAGUGUAUUCGGGAGACACUUCACCCCGAGUCAAUCCAUUCGAUAAAGGUGAAGAAGAUGCAGGUUUUCCAGCACCAGCAGUAGCUGCUGAUCAAACCGUACCACCAAUGCAACGCACAGACUCACAAGAAACUCCACAGACUCCUCUCUUCGAUGAAGAUGUUUCGCAGCCAUUAGAAGACUUUCCAAGACUUAACUAUGUUGGACCCGGAUGGGAAAUGCAACUUCGACAACCGAAUAAAAAGAAGAUUACCGGUCAAAGGUUUUGGAAGAAGAUCUUUGUCAAAAUGGCGAUACAAAAUGAUGUGCCAGUUAUUCAGCUAUUCAAUCAAGCUUCAGAUAAGCAACCAUUCCAAGAGUUACCACUUCAACCGUCUUAUUCGGUUUCGGAAGUUGGAGCUCAGCAAUAUGAUCAGUUUGGAAAGAUCUUCACCAUGAAGCUGCAGUAUAUCUUUUAUAAAGAAAGGCCUGGAGUUAGACCAGGCCAGGUUACCAAGGCUGGAAGAAUUACAGAUAAGCUAAGUCAGUUUGCCCAAUAUGCAAUCGCUGGGGAUUACCAGGGUGUCAAGGAGUUUGGAAGUGACUUGAAAAAGCUUGGUUUGCCGGUUGAACAUGCUCCGCAAUCUUCACAGUUGUUUAAGAUUGGAUCAAUGAAUUAUGAAGAUAUGAAGCAGCUUUCAGUUUGCAUUGAAGAAGCACUGUUUAAGAUCUCAGCUCAUCGAGAUCGGGCUUUGAAUUAUAAAAUGGAAGAAGUUCAAGUUACUGCAGUGGAUGAGAUCUAUGUUGAACAGGAUUCAGAAGGGAAGAUUCUGAAGCAGAUUGCAAGAGUAAGACUGUUCUUUUUGGCUUUCUUAUCAGGAAUGCCAACUAUUGAACUUGGUAUGAACGACAUGUGGCGACAAGGAAAGGAAGUUGUUGGACGUCACGAUAUCAUUCCAGUUGUAACCGAAGAAUGGAUUCGUCUGGAAAAAGUUGAAUUCCAUAAUUCUGUUAACUUGGAAGAAUAUGAAAGAACCCGAACUAUUAAAUUUCAGCCACCAGAUGCUUGUUAUAUUGAGCUGUUCCGUUUCCGAGUACGCCCGCCAAAGAAUCGAGAGCUUCCACUACAGCUUAAAGCUACGUGGUGCGUUACAGGUAACAAAGUUGAACUUAGAGCUGAUAUCUUGGUGCCAGGCUUUGCAUCGCGUAAGCUGGGGCAAAUUCCAUGUGAGGAUGUCUCUAUUCGAUUUCCGAUACCGGAAUGUUGGAUUUACCUGUUUCGCGUAGAAAAACAUUUUAGAUACGGUUCGGUAAAAUCCGCACAUCGUCGUACGGGCAAAAUUAAAGGUAUUGAGAGAAUCCUUGGAACAGUUGACACCCUGCAGGAAUCACUUAUUGAAGUUACAUCGGGUCAAGCCAAGUAUGAGCAUCAUCAUCGGGCUAUUGUAUGGCGUUGUCCGCGACUUCCAAAAGAAGGGCAAGGAGCCUACACAACUCAUCAAAUGGUCUGUCGAAUGGCAUUAACUUCCUAUGACCAGAUACCAAGUGAACUGGCACCAUUUGCCUUGGUUGAAUUUACUAUGCCAGCAACACAGGUUUCGCAUACAACUGUUCGUUCAGUAAGUGUUCAAGAUUCGGAUAGCGAUGAACCACCAGAAAAGUAUGUUCGAUAUUUGGCAAGACAUGAAUAUAAGGUUGGAAUUGAAACUACACAUGGCGAAUCACAAAAUGCUUACUUGGCUGCUACCAGGCCUACGAGUAUUAAGGAAGCACCUGCAUCACCACAGCCAGCUGCUUCUCCAAUGCCACCAAGUGAUUCGGAUUCAGAUUCAAAUUAAGAUCAAAUAUGACUCGAUUAUAAUAAUAAGAAAUCAGCAGAUAAAUGAACUUAUCAUAACUAAAAAAUUGUUAUAAAUGUAGUAUUAUUAGCCUAUCAUUAAACUCACCGAAAUAAAAACAAAAAAAAAGUAAACUUUCAUUUAACAUUUUAUUUUACUAUACAAAAAAAAAUCAUAUUAAUUAUGUAUAAUCAUAAAUAAAUUAAACAAAAAAAAAAAAAUUAAGUAUGAUAAAUUAAACAUCGAAGCAAUAGUAGUUAAUAUUAAUGCUUAGAAAAAAGAAAUCGAAUAAGCUGAUUUAUUGUCAUCAAACAUCAUCAAUAUCAUCAUGAAAGCAAUUUUAAGCUAAAUCGCUUAUUAUUUGUAUAAUAUGAUUUUUAGCCAAAAAAAAUGGCUGACUAAAUAAAGAGAAAAAUAAACAUAAAAAUAAAAAUAAAUUUAAAAUUGAAUAAUGUUGCCCGAUGUAAUUUACUAAUUUACGUGUUUUAAUCAAAAUUAUAUGAAAAAAUCUUUAAAUGUUUAUCUGACUCAAAAUUUUGAACUAAAUUUUGGAUCGUAACAAAUUGGAACGUUCAAAUUUUUUUUCAAAGCGAAAUUGAGUUGAUGGACACAAUUUUAUUUGUUUUCCUUAAUUUUCCCCUGCAAUGUACUUAAAAUAUCGACAUAUUAGUUGACAAUAAGCAUAAAUAAAAAAUUAAAAAAAAUAUAUAGAAAAAAAAAUACAUAUUUCCUGAAAUGAAAAAAAAAUUAAACAAAAAAUAAAAUUAAAUUAAAAUAUCUCGUACGCUAAUGUGUGGAAUUGUUAUUCGAUUAUAAAUAUGUAUCUAACUAUAAUAUUAAAUUAAUACAAAACAAAAAAUAGUAAAAGAAAAACAAUACAGAUUGUAUAAAAUAAGAAAAACAAAAAAAGAAUUAACUAAAAUAUUGUUUUAUAUACAGAUUUUAUUUAACUAGUACAAAUUUUAUUUUUCUGCUUUCCUACAUAUUAAUUUAAAAAACAAGCUUAAAUUAAAAUAUAU